AGCUAACAAGAGACCAAAGGUGUAGCGUGUGUACUGUGUAGGUGUUAUAUCUCGUAGUCCCGUUACGGGGGCAGCAGCAGCAGCCUUUCUCCUGGCAUCGUGUUUAACGGCUGUAGCAGGGCUCAUCCCUACUUGUUUGUACAUACUCACACACGUACAUACAGUCAUUUAGCAAGUCUUCAGCCAUGGCAAGUGACGAGCUUUCAUCUAAGCUCACACGCCGUCUCAAGAUCGAAGACGGGGAGGAGAAUCCAGUAGCCGGGCCGGAUUACCUCGGUGAGAGACCAGGGCCGGAGGGGGGCUCCAACGGUGAGCUGAAGCCAGAAAAUGCCAGUGCUGGUAACGAGCUUAGUGCCAAACUGCAGCGGCGUACGGAACUCAAUGAAGGCGUUGGUGACCACCAGCAGCCCAGUAUGAAGGUGUUCAAUCCUUACACAGAGUUCAAGGAGUUCUCCAGGAAACAGAUCAAGGACAUGGAGAAAAUGUUCAAGCAAUAUGAUGCAGGUAAAGAUGGAUUCAUUGACCUGAUGGAACUGAAGCUGAUGAUGGAGAAACUUCAGGCACCACAGACCCAUCUUGGCCUGAAAAAUAUGAUCAAAGAAGUGGACGAGGACUUUGAUGGAAAACUCUCUUUCAGGGAGUUUCUGUUAAUUUUUCGAAAGGCUGCAUCAGGUGAACUACAGGAGGACAGUGGCCUUCUUGCUUUGGCACGGCUUUCUGAGAUCGAUGUCACGACAGAGGGAGUUGGAGGAGCCAAAAAGUACUUUGAAGCUAAAGUACAUGCGAUCAAUGAAUCAAACCGCUUUGAAGCUGAAAUAAAGGCAGAACAGCAGGAGAAGAAGAAGCAAGCCGAAGAUAAGAAACAGAGACAGGCUGCCUUCAAGAAUCUUCAGUCAGCCUUCCAAUAAGUCAUCCUACUGAAAUAACAACACUGGACUCUACAGCAAAGAAGCAGAGCAGACGUUAUUAAUGAUAAAAAGUGUAAGAAUGUGAACUGUAUGUUGGCAGAGUUAAGUGGUCCAACUGAAAAAAUGUAUCAGGGUUGCAGGGACCCAUAUGAGAGCUUCCAGGUCUAGUCACUGGUCAAAUAUUUUUACCAAAAUGCACAAAAGUAUUUUUGCAUUCUUGAUUACAUAUAGUUAGGGAAUCCAGUAAUGUGUUCUAGACCUUGAACCCUGUGCACAAAAAAGUACAUAACUGUGUGGAACUUGAUGUGAAGGUACCCCUUCAAAACAAUCUCUUCCUUUGUAAUAUUUCCUGUAAAUUACUGCGUCACUAUUGCUAUUAUUAGUAGUUAGUACCCCUUCCCAUAGUAGAAUAUGGCAAGUUAUGCACGGAGUAGUCAAAUUCAGGAACAGCUGCAUCAUAACAUACCAAGCUGAAACUGUAAAAACUAAACUUCUCUAGGGCUUAUGAUGUGAGCAUCUUGUAUAUGGAGUAUGACUUGUAUUUCAGUUGUCUGAACAAAGUAAUUGUUCAUAAGAGGAAGAUGUUUGCCAGUAUUGUUUUCAUGUACAUAUAUCAAAAUGGCCAUCUUCAUAAUCUGAAUGAAUCUAACAUACAAGCCAUAUUCAUUUUUAAGAAUACAUUAUUUUUGUAUGCUGUCACUUUAAUUAGCUAGAUACAAUCUAUUUAAAAUAGGGGUGAAUGUGCUGUGCAGUGAAGUCAUGAGUUAAGUUACAAGUUUUCUCUGCCUUCAAUGAAUUAACCUUUUAAUAUAAAUCCCUAACGUGGAUAUAACUUGCAUACCAUUUUAAUGGUAUAUUUUUAAAUAAUUUAUAAGCACAGUUUAUUUUGAAUGUCUGGUCUAUACUUGGCAUUUACUGCACCAUUCAGCUUUCACAUGAUGGGAAAACUCUUGUUCAUCUGUUUAAACCAUUCCAUUACAAAAGUAAACAAAUAUGCAGGUAAGUUUAAAUGGGAACAUUUUUUCAUGCUGGUUCAUUGUUCAUUUCAUUGCCAUUUGUUAAAGGUGGCUGCUCUCUUAUUUACUAAAAAACUUACUUGCAUGUCAGAUGUGUGUGACUGGCACAGUUCUCCAUGAAGUCAUUGUCAGUAAGCUAGACCUUACUGUUUAACAAGUAUCUUUCUUAUGUAUGUUCUUACUCAAGGAUUGACACCCAACCUUGGUGUCAUCACUUAUGGCUUACUCAGUUUAUUUUGUUAGGUGUGAAAUGGUCAGAGUACUCUGCAGUACACAGUGUACAGCUAAGCACAUCUUUCAUCUUGCUGUUUUUUGUGCAGCCAGGUUACCUUUAAUUUUAUUCCUUUUAAUAAACAUUGCAGCAUAAAAUUAUACUAAUGUUCGAUUGACACUGUACUGUCACUGGAUUCUACCCAUUGCACCAGUUUUUAUUGUUUUCAUUACAAUUAGCUACACAUCCUGUAAUCUUUGCUAGAAUCAUCCCAGUGAUGAACGCAGGCUUCUGUUGUCUAAGAACCCGACUUGAGCAGUGGUCAACAGUGCUUUUUCUUGGAGAACAGUUUUUUAUGUUUACAUCAGUUUAAGGAACUGUACUGUAAUUAUCAACACUGUUGAAAAACGGAAAAUGACUGUUUUAUAACUGUAGACAGUCAUGGGAAUUUAAUUUCUGUUUUUGAAAUAAGCCAUUGAACUUAAAAACAGUUGCAUAUUUCUGUAAGAUCGCAUGUAAACAUCAUGUCCUUUUGUGUAGAAAGGACAUCAGUUCUCUGUGCAUUAUUUCAGGACAGCUGACAAAUUCUCCGUUACUUAUUGCAGUCAUAGGAUGUGUUUGUCAGAAUACAAAUUUCAGGUAAAUCGACAUUUGUUUUAUGCAGCAUGUGACUGGUUAGUAAUACGGUGACAGAUAUGACAUUCAAAUGACCUUGGUAGGUAAUUGUCAUAUAUAGGGUAGGACACGUCAUUAAUCAUUGGUGUAACUUGGGCCAAUUUUUAAAUUCUCUACUUUAGCAUCUCACAGGCUUCUUCUCACUAAUAUAUUGCUCCAAACAUUUUCUGCUGUAAAAUUGUGUUGCACAGAGAUGCUGUUUAUGCUUUAAAUAGUAUCACAUCAUAAAAACCGGGACGUGUUUAAUGGACUUUAUUAGCAUUACCGUUAUGUUUUCUUUCAAUUGUAUUGGUCCUGCAUCUUCCAGGACCAGAUGCACUUGAUCUUUCUACCUUUUCUUUUAAACCUCUAAGGUAAGUUGAGUAAUUCUUCCACAGAUAAACGGUGAUUUUUGGUUCUGUGCUGCUGUACUGCAAUUGUCAUUUAUAUGCUUUCUCUGUGUACAUGUUUUACUGUAAUAAGCAGGUAGAAUUUCCAAUAAUGGAAGAUCACUGAGACAAAUUGCGUUUAGUAGGAAAACCAGUCAGAGUGACAUAACUAGCUAACAGAGCAUGACUAUUUAGUCUAAUGAAGAGCAGCAGUGAAUUUCUGUGAACAGAGAUCGGUUACCUGAAAGUUCAUCGUAUCCCUACUUACAAAAGAAGGGCUUCUUUAAAAAAUCAUUUGUAGUUUUCAUCCUAUGACUGCAUGCUGUAGGUAGACAAAUGGCCUCUAUAUGGAAUUAGUAGUAGCUUAACCUAAAAAAGUAUUCAUUUUUUUUCUUCAAGGGUAAAGAGAAGCAUGGAUGUUCAGAUGUAUUUUAACACCUAUCUCCUCAUAAUUGAAGGGUUACUUUAGUUUCACUCUUCAUUGUAUAAUUGCCAUAUGUCCAACUUGUAUCGACACCCUGUACUUUAAAUCCAUUUGAUUUUGUAGAGUAUGGGCUGUUUAUCUAAUUUUGUUUUAAUUUGUCCUUCUAUUGAAAUGGCAGCCAUGUUCGCCCUGAAGCAGUUACAGAUGUGCUGUGAAUGCUGCCAAAAGACGAGUAAGACACCCCAGUCAAGGGGUAACUGGCACUUCAGCUGCAACCAGCUGAACCACAUUUUUACGUCACUCUCUCUCCUUUCCCUUGGAAAUGCAGCAGUCCUGAAGUUGUUUAUAGUAAGUAGGCUGGUACAGAAGUACAGCCUGCAUGCCUCCUACACACAUUAAAAGCCACCUGAUGAUUUAGUGUCAUAAUGCUGACUUUGUUUGGGAAGCCAUUUUGUGUUUUUGGCUUUUAUCUGUGUAUUCUAGAUCCUGCUGCAAUAGUCUUAUAUUUGUACACUGCAGCGCUGCUACUUUCUCAGAUUCUUGCUGUACAGGAAUACAGUAUUUAGAAUGUAACAGCAAACUGUGACUAAGAUGCAUAUUAGAACUGUGCUAGCAUAUUACUGAUCACAUUUUAGUUGUAUGAAUAAUUUAUAUUGACAUUUUUUCAACAGGCACUUCAUAUAUUCAUCUUGUCUUACACUCAGGCAGCUCAGUAACUGAACAGGAAAGACAAGGUCACAUUACACUACUGUAGUACGACAUGAAUGUCUUUUUGCCUAAAUGUUUGUUAUUUGAGAAAGCUUUCUGGCCAGACUGAAUUGAGGCCCACCUUGCCGGCAGCUUUUAUUUCUCUGAAAUAUUAAAUAUAUCCUGUAUUGUUUUUCUUUUAAAACUCCACACCCCUUGUUUUUGCCAGUUCUGGUGAUUUUCUGAGAGAAAUUUUGGCUUCAGAUUUUCUGUACACUGAAGUAGGUAAGAACACUGCUACUGAGAAGAGUGCAUCAGAAAAGUUGUAUCCAUCAUUGACUUGUUUGUUUUUAUUUCUGAUGCAAAUGGGGGAAGGGGUGCCUUUCCUAAAAUUAAAAAAAGACCAAAGAAGAUUGAUGAUAAACAGAUUGCUGUAGGCUGGAUGUCUGAAUGUAUUCAUGGCUGAAAAAACCAAAGGUAAAACAUAACGUCAACAUAAGUGCAAAGGAAAAAGCCUCCAUAAAUAUGUAGCCUUGCCAGUCUUUAUUAGAUACAUAGUAUAUACAAUAUGAAGACCACUGUUGAGGAUGGUCUGUAUGCAUUGUGGUUAGACUUGCAUCCAUGUGAUGACCUCAGUUUGGCAGCAGACCUGAAAACCAGAAAGGUGGCAAAGUAGGGAUAGACUCUGAAUUCAGGGUUACUGUCUUUACUUGAUGUCUUGACAUUCAGUGUCAAAACAACCACUUAUGGAAGUUGGUCCCAUACAGCAGUCAGUUUACAGAGGAAGCUAGACAUAAUUACACUGCCUGCCAAUACACCACACAUUUAGUGCCACCUGUUUGAUUAUUUUCAUAGGAGAGGGAGUUAAUCUUAAUGCCUUGAGUCAGAUGGCAUCUACCUUUACUGGUCAUCUAGUCACCUGAUAUCAGUGGUCAUGCUGAAGACUGACAGUGCUGCCAUAUCAGCAAAUAUCCGGAUAGAAGCCUUUAAAAUGAGAAGUCAAGGGACAAGUGGGUAUUCCUGCAAAAAGAAGACAAGUUAAAAAGAUAAAAUAACCCAAUGUCUCCUUCUGCUGUAGAGAAGUAAAAUGUGUACUUGUGGAUUCAUCUCGUCCGUAUAUAUAUAUAGCCACCCUCACCAUGAAAUUUGUGGAAAUAAAGAGCAUAUUUUUACCCAGCCCACUCUGUAUUUUCUAUAUUCCUAUUAGUUUAAAAUAGUCCAUUUGCAUUUAAAUCAUAGGCAACUAUAAUGAAGAACAGUAAUCUGGUAUUCCAGUGUGAUAAUAUUGAACUUGCAUGUUUGGUUUUCAACUAGUAAAAAAAAAAAUUCAUAGAAUCAUCCAUGUGCAUGAGUGCACGCAGGCACACAAUAGUCUUGUUCUCCUUUUGCAGAAGUAGGUUAAGGCUAUGGACAGAAGCUGGCAAGUAUGCCCUCAUUACACAAAUGAUGAGGCAUUCCUAUGAGUUAGAAGUAGGAUAAAACAUUAGUUGCUCUUAUAUGCCUUUAAAAAGUACCUGACUCUGCAGAGUAGUACAGAGUUGUUAACUUUUCUUGGCUAAUAGCAUAAGUGUCAUAAAGUUUACAUUUUCUUACUUUGAAACCUGAUUUUGCUGCGAAUGCUCUUAUUGGGCAGUACUUGCCUCGCUGAUAGGCUGAGGUUCUUUAUUACCAUACAUUCUUAGUCUGGGCCCUGUAUAUGUUGUGCCUGUGAGAAUGCGCAAGGAGCAUACAAGUCCAUUUUGAGCACGGGUAUCUGUACAUUUUGUCACUUUGAAAAAUUUGAAGCUGUGCUCUGUAUGAGGCCUUUUCCUGAACUAUUGAUGCACCAUUACUUGUAUUUUUUUCAUGUUUCUUCCUAAGUCAUCUUCAUUGUUCACGUCCAUUUUUAUGCAAGCCAACCCUUUAUUUUUUCUGUUCUGAUUCUUUGUUUGAUUGUAACAAGAUAUUUGUAGCAUACUUGACUGCAGGGAGAGUGGAUCAAUACCUUGCCUAUUUCCUCUGUAUUGAUGUUGUCCUGCUGAGUGAGAGAUGUUUCCUAACCUCAUUUUACUUUUCCAUAAGUACACAUAUGCAUUUUCUGUUUUCUUUUCUUUUCCAGAAACCCAAUUAAAAUAGUUUUAUAAAUGUAGUAAGACCUGUCACUGUAUGCUUUGUGAUUUUAAUGCACUUCCCCAAGGCAUUAAUGCAUUUUGUCACUGUUUUUUCUGUCCCCAAAACAAGUGCGUAUUGCAGAAUGUGUGUGCCUUACAAGACUCUUGCCUCCACAAUAGCAGUGAUUACUGCUUUGCUUCUCAGAUUCCAUGGGUGUGUGAAGAAAUACCUCCUGAAGCUUUCUUAUGGAAGUCCAAGUAGUUGUCCUUUCUAAUCAGCCUCACUUCUUGAAUUGAUUAUUCUUGCACACUGCCUGUCUUGAAUUUACUGUAUAGAAUGCUUUAAAUAAUUAUCUCCAUUCUAUUUAUUUUUGAAGCAUAACAUCAGGUUGCAUGAAAAACUGGUGAUUGAUGCAUACAUUAUUAGUGUGUAGUAAUCUUUACAUUUUAUUAAAAGAGUCCAAUACAAGUAGGAUAAAAUCAAGUAGUAACAGUAAAAGGACAUGCAUUGUUGUGGAUUAAAUGAACAUCAGGGUAACAGAAGCCAGCUGCUCACACACACACACACACACACACGCACACACACACACAAUGUGCCAUGUCUUCUACUUCCUCACUUGAGUGCCUUGUAACAGCUUAUGUCCUUCCCUUUUAAAUUUAGAACAUUGUAACGUUUACUUUUUGCUCUGUACUAUAACAGAAUGUGGUUUUGUGAUCAGAUUUCCUCUAGUCACAGCAACAUUUUGGAAAUCUGAAAUAAAAGCAUAGCCUUCUUCCAUUUUGGUUAUACUGUUCUCUCUCUCAAAGAAAAUUAAUCCGGGGUCGUAGGAAUCUGAAACCAGUGUCCCAUGUUAGAGCAAGAUGUUUGAUUAACCAUAUAACAUUCAGAAUCUAUCCAGUUUUUCAGAAUAAUUUAUUAUGGGAUAUUUGCCCAGCCUGGAUCUGUAACACGACAGUUAAGUAGUUCAAGCCUUCCUUGAGUAGAUGAGGUAGUCAUACUCAUCUUUGAUCAGAGAGAAUUCAGGAAACCCUUCUGAUCCCUACUUCCUUUUUCUAGUCCACAUCUUUAUUGUGACUAUACCCAGCUGUCUUGUCUAAGAGAUAUACUACUGGACAGGGGGCUGUUUUAACUGUGGAAGGCAUAUAUGACUGGCGUUAGAGGUGCUGCAUGGGUGGAGAUGUGUCUUGCAUGUACUGUCCCAGUGAUGUAUCUUUUAUGAAACAAGCCACAUUCAAACAUAUGUGCACUUGUACAAUACACAUAAACAUGUUUAUAUAUAUAUAUAUAUAUAUAUAUAUAUAUAUAUAUAUAUAUAUAAAUGUACAUAUGCAGAUCUAGCAUAAAACCAUAAACCAUUAUGUUUUUGCUAAGCUUGUACACCCACUGCAGAGUUACCUGUCCAGUUCCACUUCACCAUCAUUGGCCCGUGCAACUUCAAGCCUCAGCUUGAGCCCAUCUUCAACAGCAGGAGUAUAAAGUAAUGACCAUGCACUGUGCUAUGAAUCUGAAAGUCAAGAGGUUCUUUUUCAGGGAGUAGUACCAUUUCUGUAAUAUAUAUAAUGCAUAUUCUGGGCAUUAUCGUAUUAUGUCAUAUUAAUAAAACAGUAGAUGUAAUACAAUAUGUUUCUGGGAAAUAAAGCACUGUGGUAAUCUUUUUCAUUGUUGAAGUAUACUACUUUUUCCGCAUUAAAGAUUAGUAGCGCUUCUUGCUUCAAACAUCUUUAUGUAGAAUUAGAGACGGUGGAAGAUAGGACUAAUAGCAAAAAUUUUACAUUGAGCAAGCUUAAAGGCAAUUCAGUAAACUGUUGGUAUUCAUUUAAACAAAGUCCUACAAUACCAUCUGGUAUAGCAUUAAUUCAGUAAGUGCACUUUUUCAGAAUGGAUUUAUUUUUAAUGUCUUAGUUUCUCCUACUUUGCUCUGCAGCUGAAUUGAAAGCAUGUUUAACUGACUCAUCUUUUCCUACUACAUCAGUUGAAAAAAUGGCUGUCUUAGAUUUGAUGCUGUACCAGACUGAAACUCUGCAGCAUUUCUUGCAACAAGAGUAUUAAAUUAAUGAACAGUGCAUAUCUGUGACUUAAAUAAUCAAAGUAUCAACAUUCUUUGUAUCCCAAACUUGACAGUAAGAUAGGACAGUGUCACACAGAUUUUAUUUAUGCCACAAAUGAUUUUCACACUUUAGUGAACAGUAGAGUGAUGUGUCAUGGAGAAGUGAUAUUUUACCAAAUCAUUUUUUCAUUGCUGAGUAAUAGCAGUGUAGCUUACCUAACUUUCUGGUCUUCGUCUGCUUUACAAAGAAGUACAUGUUGUAAAACCACUAUUCAGAAUAUGUUUUUGCUUUCAGUCUGACUGUAACCUGACAAAAGUUAACAAAGUCCAAUUUCUUUAGCUGACAUCUUUUAGACUUUGACCAUAUGUUGAUAUGGCACACUUAUUACAUUCAUUUCUUUUCUGUGGUACGAGCCAAGAAUUUGCACAGAAGGCAUGUUUGUCUGGUAUAUGUGUGGACUCAGUUUUAUGGCCUACUCUGCUUAAGGGAAUUACUUUGUCUUCUGGGGGAGUACUACCCUGUCCACCUGAGGUACUGGAAUCAGUAUUCUCCAUUCAGUGAUAGUGAUCUUAAGCAAAUGCCUUUUCUUCCAUGUUGUAUUCUGUUUCAUAGGUGAAGCAAGUCUCAGGGUAAAAUUAGAACAUUGUAUUCACAGGCAGAUUGAAUUACUGUGACUUAGGUUCUGCAGUGGCUGUACAGAAACCAAUGUUACUGCAUAUAUCGAAGCUAUGCUGAUGCCAAAUGAGGGCGAGAGACGGGCACACAACUUUGAUGGUAGUACUGAAGGCACUCGGGGAAGAGAUGGAGACCUUAAUUGGAAUCUUGCAAUGCCUGUGAUUAUUGCAAACCUUAUUUAUAGUUAUUAACAUUCUUAUUCAAAACAAAUCUUUAGGUCAGACAUCUGUUAACAAGAUUCAUAAGGUACUUUUUUUGUACUUCCAUGAAACUAUAGACUUUUUCAUUUACAGUUGUAUGUUACUUGUUAAAAUGCUAGCCUAUGGACACAAGUUAAUCUCUGUGUUUUUAAUACAUUUUCAAAAACUAAAUUAGCGUGUUUAUUCACAAGUUUUUACUCAGAAUCAUUGCAGAUUAUGACAAUACCUGGUAACAUCCCCAGUCUUAGUUCUGGCAAAUCUGCUAGACUUUAAAUUGCUGAAACCCUGUGUAAACUAUGAAUUGAAAGACAUUUUAAGAAUUUCUAAAUAACUCUCCAAAUUAAAAAAAUUCCUGCUGUGCAGUAGUGUGGUAUUCCCCCACGUCAAGGAAACCAGCUUCACAGCUCAUUUUUUGAGGUCUAUAUUUUGUAAGAUAAUUGUCAAAUGUGUAGUACUGUGAAAUGAGUAGCUUCAUGUUAUGGUGUUUUAUAGACCAGAAUUUUGGUGUAGCUUGACAACAUCAAAGUACAGUUCUGUGCUCAACAUAGUAAUUCCAUUAUUAAAAGAGUACAAAAUAGUGCAUUAUCAUGUUCGUUCUACAAUGACAGCUCAUUACUAUUCAGUAACCUGCAGAAUGGAGUUCGUUAACCAUAUUGAAAGUAUCACUGCAGCUACUGCCUACCGAAUUGAUAGCGGUCACAGCUGUUUUCUCUUUUGUAAAAGUCAAUGAAAAAGUAAACAAAAAAAGUUAUUACAAACUUAAAGAAAGCAUUUAUUCUGUAAGUAUGACUACUGGCACGUACAUCCAGCCAGAAAAGCACUGUGCAGGCAUACUACACUUGGUGGGCAAGGUCUAGGGGGCGCAUUUUGGUGCGACUCAUAGGUUGGGAUGACAGGAGUAUCCAUGCAAACAUCUCCAUGCAUACCAACUUCUGAUUCUCUUGAAGAAAAAACUGUACUGUACAAACAUCAGCAUGUACAUACUUAUUGCAUGAGCAGAACAUGCUUCAGGAUCCCUUACAUGGGAGAAGCCAUGAAGGACCGUUUAUGCAAUGACAUUAUUUAGAACAAUUAAAGAAAUUAUUUUCGUAAGUAAUGUCAUUGUAUAAAACCAAUAAUGUGUUCAACUGCUGCCAUUGCGGGAUUUACCCCUAGCUGGCUUUGUUUUAUCACAAUAGCAUACCACACUAUCCCUGAAUAAAUUCUGCAUUAGCCUCCGUCAAACAUGAGGCAUUGCUGUAUACGAGUCAGUAGAGUAAACCUUUAUUUAAAUUUGACUGCAGAUUUCUCCUUAGGCACAGUGCCGACUUACAACUCUUUUAAGAAUUGUAUUAAAAGUCUGGCAGCUACUUUUACAUUUGUAAUGGGGUUUUUAAAAUUGCUGGUUAAUGUGCUGUUCUUUCAGUUGCAUACAUACAUAUAGUGCUUCACUCCCUCUGUACAACAGUGCUUUAAAACACAGUUGCCACAUUGCUCACUGCAUUUCUUUUCGGUGUAAGAUUGGAAAGUUUGUUAAAUAUGAAAUGUAGAAUAAUGUGAUCAUAUUUGUCUGAAGAGGGUAAAGGUGCAGAUUUUAGAUUUUUCAUGACCAGUUUUGCUUUUAGGAUUUUCAAGGUUUACUAUACAAAGAAAUAACUGAGACUAAACCAGAUUUGCUGGGUAUUAAGUGGAGUACAUCCUUGUCUAAUAUUACUGCACACUGUCCUAACUUACUGUCAAUACUCCCCUUCAUCCAUGACUAAACUGAUUCUUCAGUGUUCAUCCAUUGGUUAAUUUUAUCUUUAAGAACAUGGAGACACUUUUUGGCAUAGCUGUGUAAAUGGUGAAGGUUGACUGGUGUGAUUUGUGUUUGUAGGCGGUAUGUAUAUGUGUUACUAGAUAAGGAGGCAAAGGAUUCUGCAAUUUUGUGACAGUGUUUUCUUACUGUAUUGUCUGACACUUGUGAAGUAAAGUUCUUGCAUUUGAUUAAUUAUUGUUUGGGGAGAGGGGGGUACAAUUUGUUUGCAUUCUAGUGUUUAGUUUAAUUUGGGAAUAGCAUUCAACAAAUUAAAAGUUCAUGCCUUGUUAAGUCAUGUAUCCUUGUAAACAUCUGAAAUGUAUUUCCAAUCCUUUAACAAUGGAUUGUAAUUACAAGACUUAACAAGGUUGAUUAAACAAGCUGAGAAAGUGUUCACUUGCAUUUAAAGACAAGCUGAUGAAUGCAUAUUAAUCCUGUGAUAUCUACAGAAUCCGUUUUAAAAGCAUGUAUCUUACAGGCAAGAGUGUAGAAGUGCUCAUUAAUCAGCACUUUUCUUAUAGCCUGUGCACUGGUCAGGUGAAUCACAUGGCAAGUAUCUGUGUGUGGUCAUUUGGUACUUGAAUGAAUCCUGACAUGAAAUGUAAGUGUAUGAGGAGUCUUAACAGGAAAAACACCUCCAGAGCCCAUCAGAAUAUGAGGAAGAAGAUAAAAUAAACCACUGACUGGAUAUACCCUCCAUUUUCUUUCACGAUUAGUUCUUUGCAGAAACUGUUCAAAGGAUUGUAUAUUUCAUGUCAUGCUUGUUGUCUCGGAGUACUGGCCGCAGGUCUUUACCAGUAACAGGCUUAUUUUAAGUAAAUUGUUUUCUAACUGAUAUGGUUGUAGGACUGAAGCAAUGAGAUGUUAUUGGUGUUUGUGACUUUUAAUGUAGUAUUUUUCAGCUUGCAAGACAGACCAUAUGCAUGCUAGAGGUUUACCCUUUGUGUAAAUUUAGCUGUACUCUGUGUUGGCCAACUGUAAGUUAGUCACAAGACUCUUGGUCUCCUUUAAACAGGCUGCUCCCUGACCUAACACUUUAGCAUUUCCUGUUGUCUACAUUCCUGUUUAUCACAACAUUCCAUAUAAAAAUAAAGUAACAAGAAUUGUUAACUGGAAUGGCUUAUUCAGUUCUGGUCAUCAAGACAGAAAAUGAUUUGUAGCUGUUUUUAGUGUGUUAUGUUUGAGGGUGAGACUGCAACAUCACAAUUGCAGAAACCUAACUGAAAAUAGUGCUAAAGUUAUCGAUAGUGGAAUAUAAUUUAUUUUUUUUUGUUUUGUUUUUGUUUUUUUCAGUUUUUAUGUAAUGUCCUAAAUUAGAUUUGAUUUGCUUGCCAUAUAGUCCUUUUGUAAAAUCACAGUUCAGUUUUGUGGGACUGAAUAUAUUAUUACUAAGCAACUUUAACAACGUCAGAUGGCUAAGUUUGUUUAGUCUAUGACCCAUUACACCUUGCAGUCAUCCCACCAUCUGUACAUGUCAUCUGUAAAGGAAUAUGGUCCUGUAUUCAAAAUUGAAUGAUUGUACUUUGUUGUUUUAAUCAAAUUAUGUACAUAUAUUUUCUCUUUACUUUAACAUGCAAGAUCUAAACUGAAACAUAAAAAAGAUGUAUUUAUGUUGUCACUGCAGAUAGAUACCCCCAUUUUGUAUGCAAGAUGUUGAUGUAUCAGUAUUGAUAUUAUGUAUCUGUGUGAUUAAAUGUGACAUAAUGUCUGUAUCCUGCUUUGAAGUGAAAACACAGAGAAGCAGUGGCAUUGGGGGCCGUCCUUUAAAAAUUAUGUCUAUACCAGUGUGUAUAUUUGCUUAUGAAAUAUGUGUACUUAAACCUUGGAAGUGUCUUGUUAGUAGUCUAGUAGGGCUUCACAUCAAGAAUAAAUCAGGGAUAUUGUAAGGAAGAUGUAAGAGUUCUAAGUAUAUUGCGGACAUAAACUGGUCUUGCCAUUCAGAAUGCAUGAUACUGUUUGCCCCAUUGUGUCUGUGUCGAUGGUGCCAUGAGUGCAGUGUAGCACUGCAAAACAUUUUGCAGUUCUGCACUGUAUUAACGUUCUUGAAAUAUGAUUGGACAAUGAUAGUUAACUGUUCGUGCUUGCAUUCUUGUGAUAAAGGCUGCUGUGGCACCAUCUGACACUUGUUGCAAUUUGGGUAGAAGGGAAAUAGUGAUUCCAGAAAUGUGGCAGAAACCAACACUGUCAUUGCUUUCAGACUAAAUCUCUGUUUUAAGGGUGACUGUGUCUGAUUUCUGAAACCAAGUGAUACCAAAUAAGGGGAAUUUGCUGCUACAAUUAUGCAAAUUACAUUAAAAACAAUAGUAACCUGCAGACCUCAUUAGAGAGACUUGUUUUUGUUUUAUAUUUGACUAGCCACCUGCUUGGGCUAGUUUGCAUCCUAACAAGCCACAAAAGGUGGUUAAGUAGAUGUUUGUCUUUAGCUUUUGGUGGCAAACAAGAAGGCAGCUUUUAGUAACACUGCCACCUACUGAUUUAUUACAGGCUUUCUAUUCUGCCUGUUUCUGAGCUGUCAGGUCUGGACUGUGUUAGUUCCAAUUUAGGUGUACAUUCUGUGUAUUAUUUCCAGUGUUUAACUUUCAUUCAUUUUUGUGCAAAUGAUUUAUUUUAUACAAUGGAAAAAAGUUGCAAGCUUCUUAUUUUACAUGCUACUUGAUAUUACAAUCAUGAAAAAUAUUUUUUGAUUUUUCCUACAGAGAAAAUGUAUUCUGCUUAUGUGCAAUAAAUGAAAACAUAUUUACA